AUGCGUCUUCUCCAUACGGAAGAGCUCAAAUUGACCGAUUUCAUCGCGAAAACGCCGCCGUAUGCCAUCCUAUCGCACACGUGGGCCGGCGAAGAGGUCUUGUUUGCGGAUCUGCAAGGAGAUCCAACUCCGAAGACUGGUUGGACCAAAGUCACAGGAGCAUGCCGGGUAGCGAAAGAUCUCGGCUACCAAUGGAUAUGGAUUGAUACCUGCUGCAUCGACAAGUCAAGUAGUGCAGAAUUAUCGGAGGCCAUCAACUCCAUGUUUCGGUGGUACAAGAAUUCCGGCAUUUGUAUCGCCUACCUGGCCGAUGCACAUCUCUAUCAAAGCGAACCCAGCAUUAACGGUGCCCUGGAGCGAAGCCGGUGGUUUACCAGGGGUUGGACAUUGCAAGAGCUUCUUGCCCCUACUAAUAUGAUGUUCUAUACGUCCGAAUGGGAUGAGAUAGGCUCGCGGGAAGAUCUUACAGAGCGUAUCGCAAAAGUAACCGGGAUUCACGCAAAAUACACAAUGUUCCCUCCCAGUCCGAUUUCUCAAGCAAGCGUUGCCGAACGCAUGUUCUGGGCUUGGCGCAGAGAAACAACACGUACUGAAGACAUUGCUUACUGCCUGCUGGGCAUAUUCGACGUCAACAUGCCGCUCAUUUACGGAGAGGGCUGCAAUGCCUUUAAAAGGCUACAGGAGUCUAUCAUGCAGAAAACGGAUGACCAAUCUAUCUUUGCGUGGGGCGAGAAGAGAAAAAUCUCCAACCUACUACUUACCAAAACCUGGCGUUCAUUUCUCGCAGACCACCCCAAAGACUUUGAGAAAUCAGCCAACAUUGUUCCAUUCGAGACACCAUUCAUCAAAUCCAGGAUCAGAGUCGAUCACGAUGGCGCUACAAUUCAAAGUCCGAUGUGGCAAGCAUUCCACCCUCCCUACGAAGAGCAGGAGUCGGAAAACCGAUGCUUAUUAUUAGCACCCCUGCUAUGCCAGUAUCAGGACGAUCCGCUCAACUGCAUCGCGCUGAUGCUCACUUGCGAUAGGAAUCGCAAACCCGUGCAAAAUUAUAAUUCGGCACCUACAAAUUGCUACCGUCUGGGAAACAAAGUCUUUCUUGCGCCCAAACGAAUAUGGAUACCGGAAAACCUCUUCCCAGCUUUCCUGUCCUACAAGUUGUCCCUCGGGUCCGAAAUGUCCAAUACACGAGAAAUAUGUAUCAUUCGGAAAUUGCCGCCUUCAUAUCAAGCCAAACCUUCAACCGAUUACGUCGGUGAAUCAAAUUGCGUGGAAACUAGUUCUACGGGGGCUGUUACGAUUGAUUUAGGGGCCCAGAUUUUCUCUUCACUCUUUAGCGAGACAUUUCAUCUAGGGAUGUUGCAAUUGAUCCAUCUGCAACGCAAGUCACGCCGCGAUAUUACUUUGAUAUUGCAAGUUCUGUACCUCGGUUCCAGCAGACGUGAUUCGGGAAACUUCCCUGAAUCAAAGUACCUUAUUUACGGCAUAGUCAAUGGUGGACUACAUGGACCAGCUUACGGCAUACAAGACGAGUCUGGAAGAAUUGGUGAAUCGCUAUUCGAGACAAACACAAGACCCCACGGCGCAGGAAUUGAAUUGCCAUUUGGUCGUGUUUGUCUUGGACUUCAACGGCUUGGAAGUGGAUAUUCGACGGAUAAUGUCUCCAUUGAUGACAUACGAGUAACUGUGUCCCGGGACACUCAUUUUGACCCCAACGUUUUCAUCGUCGAUAUUGAGGAAGGUGGCAGCUUCGAUUCGGCCGAGGCAAAGAUUGAUGGGUACUUUGAACCAUUGCGUUGA